GACUUUUUAUGUUUUUCGUGCAUCCCUCAAAGGAAAAUUUCCAGUACUCCAGUGUCACCGAACAAAACCCAGAACUUUCUCUCCCUUCCACUUACAUCGACAACUACCUUUUCCGCCUCCCCCACCACCGCCGUCGACCUAUGUAACGCCGAUAAUCACCCUCUGCGGUUUAUCUUUCCGUCGUUGAGGUCCCGCCAUUUGUCUAAGGUUUUAUUCAACAGGCCGCACAACGCAUUGAAAAAUGUUACAAAGUCUUCCCCACCAGGUUGUACCAUCUCCGGCUAGGCUCGGCCUUUCAAACCCUAAUUCACCGGCUCUUCAAAGUCCCAGUGCAACCAAGCUCUCCUCACAGCAAGCCACCCAGUCUCAGCAAUCCCAUCAGCAGGUAACAUUACCAGCUGCCAAAACUACCUCAUCCACUCUUCUCUCUCUUCUCCCUCCUCAGCAAAGGGCCCAAACACUUCUUGUGCAAAUGGCAUCCUUAGCUGCCAAACUGUUUGAGGUCUCACCUAAUCGUUCUGUCUGGGUAAGCGCCUUUCGUGGCUCUCUUCCGACUUUCCUCCCUUCCCAAACCAAUUCUACAAGCACCCCUCCACUUGACUCUCCUUCCUCUACUACAAAAGAAAUUGUUGCCCUUUUCACAUCCCUACAAACUCAAUUAUUUGAAGCAGUUGCAGAGCUCCAGGAAAUUCUUGACCUUCAAGAUGCUAAACAAAAGUUAAACCAGGAAAUCGAGGCCAAAGAUUCUGCAGUUCUUUCAUUUGCUAAGAAACUCAAAGAAGCAGAGCGAGUUCUUGAUAUGCUGGUUGAUGAUUAUGCUGAUUACCGCCGUCCAAAACGAUCAAAAUCAGAAGAUGAUUCAGAUGAUACUUCUUCCACCACCACUACUACUACUGUUGCUUCUCAGUUGAAGUUGUCAGAUGUUUUAUCAUAUGCUCACAAAAUCAGCUACACAACCUUUGCACCACCUGAAUUCGGAGCAGGGGGCCCACUUCGUGGGGCUCUACCACCGGCCCCGCAGGAGGAUCAAAUGCGAGCUUCCCAGUUGUAUGCUUUUGUUGAUCUCGAUAUAGGGCUACCUAAAACAGUGGAGGAUGAGAAAAGGAUUGAACCUCUCAUUGAGACCCAAAAUCCUGACCCCAUGGCUGCAAUUAAAGGACUCAUGCCUCCAAAUAUUACAGUUCCAGCUGGAUGGAAACCCGGUAUGCCUGUGGAACUUCCUAUGGAUAUUCCAUUACCGCCAGCUGGAUGGAAACCCGGAGAUCCGAUCAAUUUGCCACCUUUGGAAUCUCUUCCUAUGGUUGCUAGAGCUGGUGAACAGCCACCGCCACAGAGUGUUGCACCUGUGUUUCCUAGGGCAGCUGAAACUAUACAGGUGCCGCAUAUUCGGAUUGAUAUUUUGGAUCAAGAUGAUGAUAGUGAUGAGUAUUCUAGUGAUGAGGGAAGCUCAGAUGAUGAAGAUGAGGGGUAGGGGCAGUGGGAAUGAGUCUGCCAUGUUUGGUAGUUUAAAGGACUGGGAAUAGGUUGGAGAUCGGUACUGGUAUUGGGAAAGCUAGCAGGGGAAAGACUGGUAAUUCAGGAUUAGAAUUGGGAAGUAGAGGCACAAUGACAAUACUGCUAUAAAUGGAGAGAAGAGGUAGAUCCUAUACUGCCGCGACUUAACCAGUGUAUAGUGUUUGGCUAUCUGUUCACAGUAUAGCCAGGAAGCUUCAAUUUGAUAUUAAGUGAUACUGGUUCAGUAUAGAGAUUGAACCAGUGUGCAGGAGAUGCUUGUAAAAACUUCUACUUCAUAUAAGAUUUGGUCACUUCAUAAAGAGAGUUGUAAACUUUUCUUCAAAUUUAAUAUUCCCAUUGAUUCCCUAAGAACACAA